UCUUCCAUAGACUAUAAACUUGAGGCAAGACAACAACUUGUGUAUUACAUUUCUUCAAGAAACCAAAUAGAAAAAGGUUCAGCACAGGAGAGAGCUUUGUUCACUUCCAUGGCUGUUGCCAUCUUAAUCUUCUUCCUCAUAAUUCUCUCUUCAACUUUGUUGCAUACAAUUACAAUAGAAGCACAACAACAAAGAAACUCAAGUAUAAGCCUAGGUUCCUCUCUAACCCCCACCACUAACUCCUCAUGGUUGUCAAGGUCUGGUCUGUAUGCCUUCGGAUUCUACCCGGAAGGCAAUGGCUAUGCUGUCGGAGUUUUUUUGGCUGGAAUUCCAGAAAAUACUAUAGUCUGGACAGCCAACCGAGACAAACCCCCGGUCCCAAGCAAUGCAACCUUGGCCUUGACGAGUGAUGGAAGGCUCAUCCUGCAGCAACCGCAAAGCCAAGAUGUCACUUACAUUGCUGACAUUUCUCAACCUGCUUUUGAAGCAUCCAUGCUCGAUUCAGGUAACUUCGUGCUUUAUGAUUCUAAUCAUACCGUAAUCUGGCAGAGCUUUAGGCUCCCAACAGACACUAUUUUGUCUGGUCAACCUCUGUUGGCAGGGCUAGACUUGUUUUCCAGUGUUUCAGGUACCAACCACUCGACAGGGAUUUUCCGUCUGGUGAUGCAAAGAGAUGGGAACCUCGUCCAGUAUCCGGCGUCUGCAAUAGAGUCCCAAUAUGCUUAUUGGGCAUCAAACACUAAUCAAAAUGGAGAUAAUUGUUCGUUGAAUCUGGACGGGGAUGGCCAUCUCUACCUGCUCAACGCAACAAGCACUAAUAUUUUUAAUCUCACCAAAGGAGAACCACCUACAAAGGAAAAAAAGAUUUACAUGAUGAAAAUUGAUGUGGACGGAAUCUUCAGAGUUUAUUCACGUAUCUUGGAUCCAAAUGCCAACUGGUCGAUUUUGUGGCAAUCUUCAAACGAUAAUUGCCAUUCUCUAGGUCUAUGCGGCCUUAAUGGGUUCUGUGUUCUAAAUGAUAACAUUGCCGAUUGUAGAUGCAUUCCAGGAUUUGUUUAUGUUAAUCCAAUUAGUUGGGCUUCAGGGUGCAUGAGAAAUUUCACCACAGAAAGUUGCAAGACGAUAGAUGGGGAUGGCAAUUCCAGAUACAACAUAAGCCCAUUGGAGAAUACCGUGUGGGAUGAUGAUUCAUAUAUGGUGCUACAGCUGAAUUCCAGAAAAGAAUGUGAAGAUGCUUGUCUGCAGGACUGUCGUUGUGAAGCGGCGCUAUACAAAGACGGAAAGUGCAGAAAGCAAAGGUUUCCAUUGAGAUUUGGAAGAAGAUCGGUAGAUGAUUCAAAUGUUGCCUUAAUCAAGGUGGGUAAUUAUUCUUCACCUAACACAAAAGGUGUUCUAACUGAUAGUGAUCAUCCACCCAAGAAACCAAAGAGAAAACAGAGACUAGACAUCCUAAUCAUUGGUGUUUCACUUAUUGCUAUUGCCUUGAUGGUGUUGGCAAUUUCAAGUGUCCUUAUGUAUAGAAACCAUGUCUGGGUAUAUAAAAAGAUCUCUGAAAAAGGCAAUGCUGUUGAAUUGGGUGAGGAUGCUGCUCUAAGAACUUUUACUUUCAAGGAAUUAGAGCAAGUGACGAAUGGGUUCAAUGAAGAAUUGGGUAGAGGAGCAUCUGGGACUGUUUUUAAAGGAUUCACAUCAUACAACCAAAAGGAUGUAGCUGUGAAGAGGCUAGAGAGAUUAUUGACUGAGGGUGAAAGAGAAUUUCAGACAGAGAUAAGAGUUAUUGGGAGAGCCCAUCACCGAAACCUAGUUCAGAUGAUUGGUUAUUGCCUUGACGGACCUAAUAGGCUUCUGGUAUAUGAGUACAUGCGUAAUGGAUCACUUGCAAAUUUCAUCUUCACACCCGAAAAUCGGCCAAGUUGGGAUGAAAGAAUUGGAAUUGCUCUCGACAUUGCCAGAGGCAUACUCUACUUGCACGAAGAGUGCGAGACGCAGAUCAUCCAUUGUGAUAUAAAGCCGCAAAAUAUAUUAAUGGGUGAUCAUGGGCGUGCCAAAAUUUGUGACUUUGGCUUGGCAAAGCUUUUGAAGCCAGACCAGACAAAGACUUUCACGGCAAUGAGAGGAACAAAAGGUUAUGUCGCGCCUGAAUGGCACCGGAAGUUACCAGUAACAGUCAAAGUAGAUGUUUACAGCUUUGGAGUUAUGUUGUUGGAGAUCAUAUGUUGUAGAAAAUGUUUGGAGUGGAGCCUUGCUGAGGAAGAAGCUGUCCUUGAAGAAUGGGUUUAUGAUUGUUUUCAAGCCAAGGAGCUUCAUAAACUAUUGGUUGAUAAAGAAGAGGUGGAAAAGAAAAAAUUAGAGAGAGUGGUGAAAAUAGGUCUUUGGUGCAUCCAAGAUGAUCCGUCGCUUCGUCCUUCAAUGAAGAAAGUUAUGUUGAUGCUGGAAGGGUCUGUAGACAUCCCAGUGCCUCCCAGUCCUACUUCCUUUCUAAGUACCAUAUAAACCUUUUUUCAUUGGAAUGGGAGGCAGAUUGUCUUAAUUCCAGUCAACAUUUCUCCGAUGAUCCGUUUUGUUGUUAGUAUUGAUAUUUCUAUUGCCUUAAGAAUGUGUCAAUCACCUAAAGCUGCAUAUAUUGCCAAUAAGGAUUCUAUAUGUUUGCCGUAGGGACAAAAUCAUGCAUGUAUGUUUCUUGCCUUCUAUGGUGUUGUAACAUUUAGAUUUCUUGUCAUUGAAGAGUUUCAAAAAUGGUGUGUCAAUGAGGUUUGUUGUGUAUUUUGCUUCAAUUCCUUAUCGUGAAUGAAAAGUUAUGGUGAUUUUAAAUGAAAUAUGUUUCAUCUUCAA